CCCACCCGGCUGCACCCUCCUGGCCGGGAGUUGGAGUGAUAAGGUCACCCCUGAGCCUUCUCCUCUGCAGGCUGAGCCCCCAGCUCCUGAGCCGCUGCCACAGGAGGGGCGCUCCAGACCCUUCCCUCCCGGGGCUGUCCCGCACCCGGGGCUGUCCCUCUCCCGGGGCUGUCCCGCUCCCGGGGCUGUCCCGCUCCCAGCCCGCUCCCGGGGCUGUCCCGCUCCCGGGGCUGUCCCGCUCCCCUCACGCCAGGGCGGGCCCCGGGCGGGGCGGGCGCUCCGGGCCAGGUGCGCCGCUCCGCGCCUGCGCAGCGCCGCGCGCCGGCCGCGCUCCAUCCGGGCACCGCGCUCAUUGUGCGCGCGGCCGCCGCGCUCGCCCGCCCGCUCUAAAAUGGCCGCCGCCGCCUCCGCUCCCGCCGCCGCCGCUGCGGGGGCUCCCGCGGCUCCCGCGGCGCCGCCCACCGAGAGCAAGAGGAUCAGCGACCUGCGCGUCAUCGACCUCAAGUCGGAGCUGAAGCGGCGCAACCUGGACAUCACCGGCGUGAAGACGGUGCUCAUCGCCCGGCUGAAGCAGGCUAUUGAAGAGGAAGGAGGUGAUCCAGAUAAUAUUGAAAUAAGUGUUUCAGCUGACACACCCACCAAGAAACCAACUAAAGGCAAAGGUAAAAAGCAGGAAGCUGAUGAAUUGGCUGGUGAUGCUUCAGUAGAAGAGGACUCCUUUGUCAAGGAAAGUGAAUUGGAGACUCAAGAUGCAAGUGAUCAAGAUGGAAAUGAUGAAUUGAAAGACUUCAAAGAAUCUGUUGAAGAUGAGAACUUGAAUUCUAAAGAACUACCGUCUGCAGAAAAGAAAAGAUACCAUGACCUGGAGCCAGUGGAGACAACAGAAGAUGUGGAGAAGGAUUCUGAAAAUCAGGAAAAUGAAGGUCCAGACAUAGAAGAUUACACUUUUCCAGCUGUCCAUGAUGGGGAAGAUGAAGAAAAUGAGAAAGAUAAAGCAGGUUCUGGUGAUGGUACACAAGAAGUAUCUAAACCUCUUCCUUCAGAAGAAAGCCUAGCUGAGGCUGAUCACACGGCUCAUGAAGAGAUGGAAGCUAACACCUCUGUGAAAGAAGCUGAGGAUGAUAACAUAUCGGUUACAAUCCAGGCCGAAGAUGCCAUCACUCUGGAUUUUGAUGGUGAUGACCUCCUAGAAACAGGUAAAAAUGUGAAAAUUACAGAUUCUGAAGCAAGUAAGCCAAAGGAUGUGCAGGAUACCAUUUCACAGAGCCUGGAGAAGGAAAGCAAGGACUAUGAGGUGACUGAGAACCAUAAAGAUGGUAAGAAGGAAGACUGCGUGAAGGGUGAUCCCGUCAAGAAGGAAGCCAGAGAAGGUUCAAAGAAAGCAGAAUCUGGAGACAAAGAAAAGGAUACUUUGAAGAAAGGUCCCUCGUCUACUGGGGCCUCUGGUCAAGCAAAGAGCUCUACUAAGGAAUCUAAAGAAAGCAAGACAACAUCAAAGGAUGAUAAAGGAAGCACGAGCAGUGUUAGUGGUAGCAGUGGAAGUUCAACUAGAAACCUCUGGGUUAGCGGACUGUCUUCCAACACAAAAGCUGCUGACUUGAAAAAUCUCUUUGGCAAAUAUGGAAAGGUACUUGGUGCAAAGGUGGUCACAAAUGCACGAAGCCCGGGGGCAAAAUGCUACGGCAUAGUGACCAUGUCCUCUAGCACAGAAGUGGCCAGGUGCAUCGCACACCUGCACCGCACAGAGCUGCACGGACAGCAGAUCUCUGUGGAGAAAGUGAAAGGUGAUCCCUCCAAAAAAGAAUUGAAGAAGGAAAGUGAUGAGAAAUCUAGUUCGGGUAGGAGCAUAGGAGAUAAGAAGACUGCAUCAAGUGACAAAGCCAGCAAAACUCCAUCAACCAAAAAAGAAGAAAAGAAAUCAGAGAAAUCUGAAAAAAAAGAAAGUAAAGAAACCAAGAAAACAGAAGGUAAAGAUGAGAAGAGUGAUAAUGGAACAAGUGGCCCUAAUCAAGAAUCCACUAAAAAAACUGAAGAAAAGAAAAGAAUAAGUGGUAAAAGCCCAGGUCAAGUUGUAGUUUUAGACCAAACAAAAGGAGACCAAGGCCACACUAGGACAGUUAGAAGGGGAAGGUUUGAUAAACCACAGAUAUUGAGGAACAAAGAGCGUAUUAUUCAAGAGAAAGUGAAAUUCAGGGAAUACAGGGGUAGAAAGGAUAUCUUGCCUUUUGAAAAGAUGAAGGAACAGAGAUUGCGAGAGCACAUGGUUCGAUUGGAAAGAAUACGACGAGCUGUUGAACUGCGAAGGCGAAGAGAAAUUGCGGAGCGAGAGCGCCGCGAGCGAGAGCGGAUCCGGAUAAUGCACGAGCGAGAGGAGUGCCUGCAGAGGGAGAGGGAGCGGCUGGAAAUCGAGAGGCAGAAGCUGGAGAGGGAGAGGAUGGAGCGGGAGCGAUUGGAGAGAGAGCGUGUUCGGAUUGAGCAGGAACGCCGAAAAGAAGCGGAGCGAAUCGCGCGGGAGAGGGAGGAGCUCCGGCGGCAGCAGCAGCAGCUGCGCUACGAACAGGAGAAGAGGAAUUCUCUGAAACGGCCACGGGAUGUAGAUCACAGGAGAGAUGAUCCUUACUGGAAUGAGAGUAAGAAGAUGGCUCUUGAUACAGAUGCACGUUUUGGCCAUGGCUCAGAUUACAGCCGCCAGCAGAACAGGUUCAAUGACUUUGAUCACAGAGAACGAGGUCGAUAUCCAGAAGGUUCUUCUGUUCCAUCAUCUUCUUUUGAUAGGCGAGAUCGUUUUGUAAAUCAAGGUGAGGCAAAAAAGACUCGCCCAACAGCACGAAGAGAAGAGCCAGGCUUUGAGAGAUACCCCAAGACCUUCAGCGAGUCCAGAAGAAAUGAACCACCCCAGGCUAGAAGCGAACUCCGGGACACGGACAGACGCGAGGUGCGAGGAGACAGAGACGAAAGGAGAACGGUGAUCAUUCACGACAGACCAGAAAUCCCCCACGGCCGGCACCCCAGAGAAAGCGCUUCCAACCCGCCUCGGCAAACCAGCUGGAAGAGCGAGGGGAGCAUCAGCACAGACAAACGGGAUGGCAGCAAUUUUUACAGAGGCGAGCGGCCGGAUCGGUCGGGAAGGGAAGUGUCGGGCCACGUGAGGGGAGCGCCUCCCGGGAGCCGCAGCAGCGCCUCGGGCUACGGAGGCAGGGAAGGAGAGCGGGGCGUCAUGGGAGAGAGAGGUGGAGGACAACACUACAACGAGGACAGACACGUCGUAGAACGCCACAGUCGUGAAGCUGGACCAAGGAAAGAAUGGCAUGGACCUAGUUCUCAAGGGAGUGGCUAUCAUGACACAAGGAGAAUGGGAGAUGGCCGUGGAGGAGGGGGCAUGAUGGCUCCACAUACAAGUAACUCUUCACCCAUUAAUAGAGUUGUACAGAUCACAGGCAAUUCCAUGCAGAGGGGAAGUGGCUCAGGAUUUAAGCCAUUUAAAGGUGGACCUCCACGAAGAUUCUAAGAUCUACAGCUGUUUGGUUUCAAGAUAACUUAUUGAAAUUUCUUGUAAACUUUCUCUGAUUAAGAACAGGAAAUCUUGUCUGGAAAUCCUGGUUAAAUUUUUUUAAUUUAACAUGAUUAUUUUCCUCUCUAUUUUGGAGGCAUUUUCAUAGUUACGUUGUAAUUUUGGAUAGUUUUUGUGUAUCUUUGAUAAGCAUUUUCCCUGAGGCACUAGAGCUGUGUAAAAAGAAAUUGGAACCAAAAUAUUUGUUAAUUCUGUACAAAAGGAUAGUUUGCAGCUGUGUGCUAGUAGUUUGAUUUGCCAACAUUAGCUCUGUGGUGUCAUGCUUUAAAGUUAGCUACUUCUCACAACAUCCACAAUAACCUCCAUUUUGAAGGUUGUCCAGACUAUUAUCUCUGCUUUCUAAUUUGUAGAGAAAUAAGAUUUGUUCUUUCAUUACUGGGUAUUAUGUAACCUAUUUUUGCAAAAGGUACUGUUACAUUGAGUGCAUUUAUGUGUAUUCUUGCAAAUGUAUUCUUUUGAAAUAAACCUUCAUAUUCUGUAUA